CUUUUCAUUGCACGUGAAUCGCGACUGGCGACCUGGCGACCUCUCGAUUCCGCCGAGCACGUGUGAUCGCUGCCUGUGUCAACAUUUGCUUCUACUUUGUGUUAAUUUAGGUGAUCUGCGUCAAUCUGUAGUGAAUGUCUGUAGUGAAUGAGUUAAUUUGCUUCUUGGCCAAAGGCGCGUCGACCGGACCAAAGAAUCAAGCCCUUACGUACAUCACAGGCCUCCCAGAUUCGGAAGAUGGACGCUCCCUCCUGCUCAAAAACCCGGACAUGGUGAAAGCGGUGGCCCUGCUCGUACUACAGGACGAGAACUCACAGACCAUCUCCCGAGCGUACAAGUGCCUGACGAACUUCACGUCGGUGCCAGCCAUCUCGGAGCACCUCGUCGAACACGACUACGGUGGCCUUCUGGCCCACCUGGUCAACAGGGUGCUCGAAAGCGAUGACUCUGCAGCACUGCAAUGCGCCGCCAUGCUGUCGAACCUCACCAGAGGCAGGCAGGGUGCUGAAAAGCUCUGGACGCUGCUGCGCUCGACCAACAAGAGCGACGCCCUUCUGGCAGCGCUCUGUUCCAGCACCAGCGAAAACCACGACCACCUCAGCUUCGUCUUCUCAAACCUCUCUCAACUUGACGAAGUUCGGAGGUGGUUACUGGACCAGGCAGCCAGGAGGGUGCAGAAAUUCUUUCCUUUUCUGACACUUGAGACUUCUACGGUACGAAAGCAUGGCACAGCUGCAGUGUUGCGGAACUGCUGUUUUGAAACCGACAGUAAUGAGUGGCUGCUGAGUCCUGACGUCGACAUUCUUCCCCGAUUGCUGUAUCCGCUUGUGGGCCCCGAGGAGCUGGAUGACGACGAAAUGGAGAAGCUGCCCCUGGAGCUACAGUACCUGGGCAGCGACAAGCAGCGAGAAGGGAGCCCGGAGAUUCGACAAAUGCUCAUUGAGGCGAUCAUGCAGCUUUGUGCCACCAAAAAAUGCCGGGAGCACAUCAAGAACUCCGGAGCCUAUUACGUGCUACGAGAGCUGCACAAGUCGGAAAGCUGUCGUCCCGUUGUGGUGGCAUGUGAAAACCUUGUGGACAUCCUAAUUAGCGACGAGCCCGAGCCCGGCAUGGAGAACCUCAAGGAUGUUGACAUUCCGGAGCAUCUCACAAAAAAAUUUGAAGCGUACAAUGAAGAACUUCUCAAGGAGUGAAUG